UGGCUUGUACUGCUUUCCCUCCUCGUGCAUCUCUUCGUUCGUGGGCAACUUGCGUUAGCGUACUAUGACCCUCUAUCUCGGCAGAGCAGCCACAGAAGCUCCCCGUCUCUCGCUUCGGCUUCAUCGUCCGCUACUCGCCACCGCCACUCAACUUAUAUCUCGUCGAAGUCAGUCAUCCCGCCAGGCUAUCUGUUCCAGCAGAAUGAUAACGCAAACGAACGACGUUGCCUCGGCUGGUGUGCGAGGGGCCGCGACCGUGUCAGGCAGCAACAAGCAACCCUCUUCGGGAGACCGUGACUACUCCAAAUUCUUUACUGAGCGCAGUGCGGCUAGGCAGCCCUCGGCUAUCCGGACUCUUCAACCUCUUAUGACUUUGCCAGGAAUGAUCUCAUUGGGCGGAGGAAACCCCAACACGGUCACAUUCCCUUUCCAAGACCUAACAUUCACACUCAAGCCCGAAGCGGGUGGUGGCGAGGUACGCGUCGGCGCAGAGGAUGUGCAGAAGGCCUUGCAGUACAGUCCCACGAACGGAUUACCAGAGUUCGUAGCGUGGCUGAAGGACCUACAAACGACGGUGCAUCAGCCGCCGUAUCAGGACUACCACAUCUGCGUGGGAAAUGGAAGUCAGGACGUGCUGACGAAGGCAUUUGAAAUGCUUUUGGACAAGGGAGACAGUCUCUUGAUUGAGGCACCGGCAUACGUCGGCUCAUUGGCUUUCCUCAAACCGCUGGGCUGCAAGUUCGUUGAGAUUCCGGUUGACGCACAAGGACUGGAUCCAGAAAAGCUGGAAAGCACCCUACGCGAGUGGAAAGAUCCCAGCACGCGACCGAAAGUGCUGUACACCGUCCCAACAGGAGGAAACCCCACUGGCAUCAGCACCAGCACGGAACGCAAACGCAGGAUAUACGAUAUUGCAAAGCAGUACGAUAUCAUCAUCCUGGAGGAUGAUCCGUACUACUAUCUACAGUUCCAGACCCCCCGCGCCCCAACCUACUUCUCCCUCGACACCGACCGCCGGGUCCUCCGCUUCGACUCCCUCUCCAAAAUCCUCUCCGCGGGCAUGCGUCUCGGCUGGGUCUCCGGCCCCAAACCGCUCGUAGACCGCAUCGUCCUGCACGGACAGACCACCCUCCUGCACCCUUCGGGCGUCUCCCAGAUGCUCGCGUACCAGUUGUUGAAUGUGUGGGGCGUCGAGGGGUUUUUGCAGCAUACGGAGCGGGUGACAGAGUUUUAUAGGGAGAGGAGGGAUGCGUUUUUGGGGAGUGCGGAGAGGUGGUUGAAGGGGUGCGCGGAGUGGAGUGUUCCUGAUGCUGGCAUGUUCUUCUGGAUCAAACUGCUCGGCAUAUCCGACUCAUCCGAUCUCAUUCGGACAAAAGCCAAGGAGAAGAAAGUCCUCCUCGUCCCCGGUCAUGAAUUCUUCCCAAACCCGCGCAAGACACCGUACGUCCGCGCGUCGUAUUCGACCAGCGAUCCGGCGGAUAUGGACGAGGCGCUGAAACGAUUGGCGGAGCUUGUUAGGGAUGAGACUCGUAAAUGAGGGUCGUCGCGGUUGAGGUAGAGGCAGACCGUAGGUGCUGCGAAGUGUACGUGUAGGGACAUCGUCUUUCGGGCUCCGAUUGGCUGUACAUAGAUCCAUUUGUCUCUUGGUUUCCCAAAGCUGUUGGCAUAGACAUUAUUGCUGCCGAGAGACGUGCGCUCCUAUAGCUGUGCGGGUUAGGGUAGCUGCUGAAGUGUCCGGACGGUACAGUACAAGCUUCCUUUCGCGGAUAGCUCGGACAUCUCGGACAUAGCUGCGCGUGGUCGACGAACACCUUUUCCCUCCAGCAUCUUUUCAAGAUCAAGACCAAGAUUCCGUGGCCCAUUCGUCCUUCACAUCGUCGUCGCUCUGUCGCCCGCACGCUCUUUCGGAGGAGGAGAAGGAGAAGGAGGUAUCGCCGACAAGGGUGGAGCAUUG